AUGUUGGAGAGUGGGGUGUUUGAGGAGUCGGUGGUGGUGUCCACUUGCAAUCGGACGGAGUAUUAUGCGGUGGUGAGGGGCGAGGAUGGGGCUUUGGAGGAUUGGGUGUGUGGGAGGCGUGGGUUUUCUGGUUCAAGGGAGGGGGUGUUUUAUCAGCAUGAGGGGGAAAAUGUGGCGCGGCAUUUGUGCGGGGUGGUGAGUGGGUUGGAUUCGAUGGUGUUGGGGGAGACGGAGAUUUUUGGUCAGGUGAAGAAGGCGUAUCAAAAGGCGUUGGAAGCGGGUGCGACGGGUGGAUGGCUGAAUCGGUUUUUCCAGCGGGCGUUUGGAGUGGGGAAAAAGGUGCGAACUCUGACGAGGAUUCAGGCGGGGCAGACAUCGGUGGGGAGUGUGGCGGUGGAUUUGGCGGAGAAGAUUUUUGGAGGCUUGAGGAAUACUUCGGUGAUGGUGAUCGGGGCUGGGGAGAUGAGUCGCACGACGGCGCAGAGUUUGAAGUCGCGAGGUGCGAAGGCGUUGUUCGUGGCGAAUCGUUCUUAUGAUCAGGCGGUGGCGUUGGCGAGUGAGCUCAAGGGGGAGGCGGUGAAGUUCGAUGAUUGGGAGGAGGUGCUGACGAGGGUAGAUGUGGUGAUCUCAUCAACGGGGGCACCGCAUGCGGUGGUGCAUCCUGAGCAUGUGGAGAGGGUGAGGCGGCGGCGGAAGUAUCGUCCGCUUUUUAUGAUCGAUGUUGCGGUGCCGCGUGAUGUGGAGCCAGCGGUGGGUGAUAUUGAGGAAGUGUAUCUUUAUGAUAUGGAUGCUUUGCAGAGUCUGGCGGAGGAGGGACGGGAGAAAAGGGAGGCUCAGGUGUUAGUUUGUCGGAACUUGAUCGAGGAGGAGAUUAAGACGAUGGAAUUUUUAGAAGAAUGA